AUGCAGUACCAUCAAGGCAACAGCCACCAGAACUUGUGCCACGACGGCUCGGAUUGCGGCGAGAAGGGCUGGACGUGGCAGAGUUCCGCAGGAUGCUGCCACGAGAACCCCGUGUCUCCCUGCCACAACCCCGGCAGCCUCAGCCACGACAUUGAGGGGUCCUGCCAGAGCGUGCCACAAGGCUGCCAGUCCGUGGAGCCGUGCCCACCCCUGAGCUGCUCCCCACCACAGCAAAGCUGCAGCCCUGGCAAGCCUCGGCGGCGGGUGGAGGUGAGCCACGUGCAGCCCAUCUGCCCCCCACCCGUGAAGAUCCACCGCCGGCCCCUGCAGCAGCACCGUCCAGCCCUGCACUGCCAGGAGCAGCAGUGCUGUGGCAAACCACGGAGGAGGGUGGAGCAGUGUCCUGUGGAGGAUGCCUGUCCCCCCGUGGUGCUGCACCCCCUGCCCCCCCCGCUGCAGCACCGCUGCCCCUGCGUCCCAUCCAGCUGCCCAGCUCUCCAGCACUGCCGCCCAGCCGCUGUGCCCCUGCCCCUGCCUCCCAGCCAGCACCAGCAAAAAAAGGUCACUCUGCUGCCACCCUGUCUGCAGAAGAAAUGA